AGUUGUUUGUCAGCCGUGGAGGAUUUACCUCUUGGUCAUAUUAGGGAUAAUUAUUUCAUGCUGUCCAAACCAAGAGAACAUCACAAGGGGGGAAGAGAGGGGUCCAGGAUAUUAAAAGUGUCCCAGUCUGGUUGGUAAUCCUCGUCUGAAAAAAAGCCUGUUGUGGCGUGGGACUGAGAAAAGGGGGUGAGAUAGACAGACAGACAGACCCAGCCUGCAGUACGGAGCCGCAGCCUCGCAGCCAGGAGCCACUCAGCAAGGACCUGUCACAUCACAGUACUGCAGCCCCACAGAGGACCCAGGCACCUGAAGGGCGAGAGAGAAGAACAGAGAGCAAAAGAGAGCAAAAGAGAGGAGACCAAUCACAGGGUACGGCGAGGGCACCACACCACAUCACACCAGCCAGAAAUGCAAACACCACCAAACUUUUGGAGAAACGACUCAACUUUUUUCCUCUUGAUCAAAAGGAGACCUGUGCUGAGUUACAUAGGACCUGAUAGUUGGGUGAACACCAGUGUUAUACUGUUCUAGAGUGAGUUCUAGGGUGAUCCGAGAGUGUUCUUGAGAGUCCCGGGAGAGUUCCAAGCGUGUUCUAGAGUGAGUUCUAGGGUUAUCCGAGAGUGUUCCAGAGAGUUCCGGGAGAGUUCCAAGCGUGUUCUAGAGUGAGUUCUAGGGUGAUCCGAGAGUGUUCUUGAGAGUCCCGGUAGAGUUCCAAGCGUGUUCUAGAGUGAGUUCUAGGGUUAUCCGAGAGUGUUCCAGAGAGUUCCGGGAGAGUUCCAAGCGUGUUCUAGAGUGAGUUCUAGGGUGAUCCGAGAGUGUUCCCGAGAGUUCCCGGGAGAGUUCCAAGCGUAUUCUAGAGUGUUCUAUACAGUGUUCUAGAAUCUUUUCAUCGGCCAUAGGAUCUGUGGGAACUAGAGCCAGACAGCAGGAUGAGUGCCACUGAAGACAUAGCAAAGGACUACUAUGACUACCCUGAUUGGAACAUGGAGAACCCUGUGCCUACCAAGGUCCCAGCUGAAGUAAUCCCACCAUGUGACCCUACAGCUGAUGAUAGACUCUACCACAUCUGCAUCUCUGCCAUUUCUCUGGUGGUCAUGUUGAUCCUAGCAUUCCUUGCCAGGAGGAUGAAGCUGGCGGAUGGGCAGAAAAGAAGUUUACUCAGCCCAGUGAACUUCCUGGACCACACGCAACACAAGGGCUUAGCUGUAGCCGUGUUUGGAGUGCUGUUCUGCAAACUGUUUGGUCUGGUCAUAGCACCAAACCCUCUUCCCUUCACCACAGACCAAGCCAACAAACAGUAUUGGAUUAUCGUCUCGCUGUUCUACUACCCUGUUCUGUACUUCCCUCUCCUGGCCUGUGGAACGCUUCGUAACGCCGUGGGGUACGUCCUGGGCUCCCUGCUUUCCUGGACUCACUUUGGGGUCCUCGUCUGGCAGAAGGCCGACUGCCCCAAGACACCAGAGAUCUAUAAGUACUACUCCCUGUUGGCCAGUCUGCCCCAGGUCUGUUGCCUGGCCUUCCUCAGUUUCCAGUAUCCUCUGCUGUUGUUCAAUGGCCUGAAGGGGUCAGAGAAAACUACUGCUGGCGAGGACCUGAGCAGCAGCUACUACAAUGACUACGUCAAGAAUAUACUAAAGAAGAAGAAGCCUUCCAAAACCAGUACAAGCACAGAGAAGCCCACACUGAUGGAGAGGAUAACUGAUGCUGUGAAGUCCUACAUCUACAUACCAGAGGAAGUUUUCCGGUUUCCCCUGAAGCUGGCGAUAUCUGGAGUAGUGUCAUUUACCGCUCUUUACCAGAUGGCUUUGGUGUUUGUGGCCAGCGUGGUGCCGACGCUCCAGAUUGUCCGUCAAGGCAUCAACGAAGAUAUCGCCUUCCUUCUGGCCGGUUUCAACAUCAUAUUAUCAGAGGACAGGGCCGAAGUGGUCCGGAUAGUGGUCUACUACAUGUGGUGUGUAGAAGUGUGCUACCUCUCUGCGAUGACCCUGUCCUGCUCAGUGAACCUGGUCAUGCUCAUGAGGUCCAUGGUCCUGCAUCGGUCUAACCUAAAGGGGCUGUAUAGAGGAGACAUCUAUAAUGUAUAUAACUGCCAGAGGAGUAUCAGACCAUCUCGUCCUGCCCUGGUCUGCUGGAUGGGAUUCACCAGCUUCCAGGCUGCUCACAUCUGCUUAGGUAUGCUGAUCCAGACCAUAGUGUUCUUCCUGUGUCUGCUGAUCGCUGUGUUCCUCAUCAUCAUCCCCAUCUUCCACGGACAGAACCUCAUGCUCUUCAAGGUCCUGGGGAACAUGUGGCCGUUCUGGUUGAUGCUGUUCUCAGUUGUAGUGGUCCAACAGGUCACCACCAGGUUCUGCUUCAUUAAGAAGUCUGCAGGGACACGGGACCUCCACAACAGGGGUAGUCUCUUCCUGCUGACCUACCUGUUGUUCCCGGUCAAUGUUCUGAUUGGUGUGGUGCUGGGGGUGUGGCGGCUGGUCAUCACGGCCCUGUUCAAUAUCGUCCACCUGGGACGCAUGGACAUCAGCCUCCUCAACCGCAAUGUAGAGGCCUUUGACCCCGCCUAUCGUUGCUAUGCUCACUAUCUAAAGAUUGAAGUGAGUCAGAGUCACCCGGUGAUGAAGGCCUUCUGUGGGAUGAUGCUGCAGUGUGCCAGGCAAGACGGGGCCGAAAAGAAGGCAAGAGAUGCAGAGGAAGGCAUCCAGCUAGUCAAUCAGGAGAAGAAGCCACAGCAUAAGGUUUCCAUCUCUAAACGGGCACGGGGCCACUGGCAGCUCCUCUACACCCUGGUCAACAACCCCUCGCUGGUGGGCUCCAGGAAGCACUUCCAGCGUCAGAGCAACGAGAGCUUCUUCAACGGAACACUCAACUGGGCUGCAAAAGAGGGGAUCAAGAAGGAGGCAGGAAACAUGGAGGCAGGGAAGGAAACGGAGGCAGUGACUAACUGAGACUGAACGUGUCCCCCAGGCUUGUGGUCAACUCCAUUCCAAUUCAGGAAGCAAACUGAAAUUUAAAGCUGCAUUAUGUAACUAUUUGGGUGACCUGACCAAAUUUCACAUAGAAUUGUGAGUCAUAGAUCUGUCAUUCGCAUUGAAAGCCCGUCUAAGAAGCGAUAGCUCAGUUCUGUGUGCUAUUUCUAUGCUUCCCGUUCUUAAGUUUUGGUUUUGUACACCAGCCUCAAACAAGAUUUUUGCUUCUUAAAGAUAUUUCACAGUGGUUUAGAUGGUUUAGAUUUAUUAUGAUCCCCAUUAGCCGACGCAGAUGGAGACAGCUAGUCUAACUGGGGUCUGAUACCAUGGAGACAGCUAGUCUAACUGGGGUCUGAUACCAUGGAGACAGCUAGUCUAACUGGGGUCUGAUACCAUGGAGACAGCUAGUCUAACUGGGGUCUGAUACCAUGGAGACAGCUAGUCUAACUGGGGUCUGACACCAUCGAGACAGCUAGUCUAACUGGGGUCUGAUACCAUGGAGACAGCUAGUCUAACUGGGGUCUGAUACCAUGGAGACAGCUAGUCUAACUGGGGUCUGAUACCAUGGAGACAGCUAGUCUAACUGGGGUCUGAUACCAUGGAGACAGCUAGUCUAACUGGGGUCUGAUACCAUGGAGACAGCUAGUAUAACUGGGGUCUGAUACCAUGGAGACAGCUAGUCUAACUGGGGUCUGAUACCAUGGAGACAGCUAGUCUAACUGGGGUCUGAUACCAUGGAGACAGCUAGUCUAACUGGGGUCUGAUACCAUGGAGACAGCUAGUCUAACUGGGGUCUGACACCAUGGAGACAGCUAGUCUAACUGGGGUCUGAUACCAUGGAGACAGCUAGUCUUACUGGGGUCUGAUACCAUGGAGACAGCUAGUCUAACUGGGGUCUGAUACCAUGGAGACAGCUAGUCUAACUGGGGUCUGAUACCAUGGAGACAGCUAGUCUAACUGGGAUCUGACACCAUCGAGACAGCUAGUCUUACUGGGGUCUGACACAAUCGAGACAGCUAGUCUAACUGGGGUCUGAUACCAUGGAGACAGCUAGUCUAACUGGGGUCUGACACCAUCGAGACAGCUAGUCUUACUGGGGUCUGACACCAUCGAGACAGCUAGUCUAACUGGGGUCUGAUACCAUGGAGACAGCUAGUCUAACUGGGGUCUGACACCAUGGAGACAGCUAGUCUAACUGGGGUCUGAUACCAUGGAGACAGCUAGUCUAACUGGGGUCUGAUACCAUGGAGACAGCUAGUCUAACUGGGGUCUGAUACCAUGGAGACAGCUAGUCUAACUGGAGUCUGACACCAUGGAGACAGCUAGUCUAACUGGGGUCUGAUACCAUGGAGACAGCUAGUCUAACUGGGGUCUGAUACCAUGGAGACAGCUAGUAUAACUGGGGUCUGAUACCAUGGAGACAGCUAGUCUAACUGGGGUCUGAUACCAUGGAGACAGCUAGUCUAACUGGGGUCUGAUACCAUGGAGACAGCUAGUCUAACUGGGGUCUGAUACCAUGGAGACAGCUAGUCUAACUGGGGUCUGACACCAUGGAGACAGCUAGUCUAACUGGGGUCUGAUACCAUGGAGACAGCUAGUCUUACUGGGGUCUGAUACCAUGGAGACAGCUAGUCUAACUGGGGUCUGAUACCAUGGAGACAGCUAGUCUAACUGGGGUCUGAUACCAUGGAGACAGCUAGUCUAACUGGGAUCUGACACCAUCGAGACAGCUAGUCUUACUGGGGUCUGACACAAUCGAGACAGCUAGUCUAACUGGGGUCUGAUACCAUGGAGACAGCUAGUCUAACUGGGGUCUGACACCAUCGAGACAGCUAGUCUUACUGGGGUCUGACACCAUCGAGACAGCUAGUCUAACUGGGGUCUGAUACCAUGGAGACAGCUAGUCUAACUGGGGUCUGAUACCAUGGAGACAGCUAGUCUAACUGGGGUCUGAUACCAUGGAGACAGCUAGUCUUACUGGGGUCUGAUACCAUGGAGACAGCUAGUCUAACUGGGGUCUGAUACCAUGGAGACAGCUAGUCUAACUGGGGUCUGAUACCAUGGAGACAGCUAGUCUAACUGGGAUCUGACACCAUCGAGACAGCUAGUCUUACUGGGGUCUGACACAAUCGAGACAGCUAGUCUAACUGGGGUCUGAUACCAUGGAGACAGCUAGUCUAACUGGGGUCUGACACCAUCGAGACAGCUAGUCUUACUGGGGUCUGACACCAUCGAGACAGCUAGUCUAACUGGGGUCUGAUACCAUGGAGACAGCUAGUCUAACUGGGGUCUGAUACCAUGGAGACAGCUAGUCUAACUGGGGUCUGAUACCAUGGAGACAGCUAGUCUAACUGGGGUCUGAUACCAUGGAGACAGCUAGUCUUACUGGGGUCUGAUACCAUGUUUUGUCCCUUUUAGUAACAAGGAAAUGGCAGAGCUCAUACUGCAUCUUUUAGAAUACAAAUUUCCUUAUUGCUUUUCAAUGAGGGAAAAUUGGAAUUGGACUUUCAUUUGACUGAAUUGGAAUGGCCUUUGUUGGUGUAUGGAUGGCUCUUGGGCAGAUUAUAACUGUAGUAUUAUAUGUCUAUGCAUUGAUCUGACUGCUUGUCCCUUUUUUUCAUGCAAGUUUCCCAUUGACUCCCAUUGAAUCAAUCAAUCAAUGAUUUCUGAUUAUUAUUUUUUUUUGAAAAUGGAAGGAUUAGAUCUAAAUGUCGUAGACCUUUCUAGCUCAAAUGCCUCAGGAAGUCUGUCUUCUGAGUGGCUACCUGUCUAAAUGGCACCUUAUAGUUCCUAUAUAGUGCACUACUUAUCAGCCCUGGUCCGAGGUAGUGCUACACCGUCGGAUCGACCUGGAAUGGAUGUGUGUUUUGUUGUCUGUCUCUUUGUUUGCAUGGCUCUGAUGGCUCUACGGAAUCUCUAGUCUAGCAGGAAAGGUCGUGUGGCACUGAACUCCUGUCUGACCAUAGCCUGGAAGCCUAACUGAUACACUCCAUUUCACCACUGGAAACAGAACAUGUCAUCUUGGAAUCCAGGCUAGUUUGACCAUGUAUACAGUGGUUAGAAUGUAACUAUUUAUUAAUAUACAGACUGCUCUGUAAUGGAAGGUUAUAAAGAAACUGUUCAUUAAUUAACACUGACUGGUGUAAAUAUCUAUUGUACCCUGGAAGCCAAACUGAAUUGUUCCAAAACGGUACAAUUCUGUUCUGAUUCCAGGCUAAUAAAUAAUAUCUAUGUUGAAAAUGUAUGAAAUGGCGAUUAAAACGUGGACAGAUGAAACUGUUUGCUUGAACUCUUUGCUGUAGGUCACCUUGUACCUCUUAUAAAAUAACUCUACUAUAAUUCCGCUGAUAAUGUUUUGGGAUCGUUAUUUUUGGGAUCGUUAUUUUUCUCAAUUUAUAGUUGUGAAAAUGUUGCUGUUCAGGAUCGUCUACUUAUUCUCGCUGUGUGUUGCAGCCAUAUUGCAUUUCAAAAGUGACAGUGACUCAAGUAGCUUUUGAAUGAAAUCAAAUUAAUUUAUGUAUGAUUAACAUGACAUUAAAACGAAAGAUGACGAAA